UCAAACUAUUAAUUCUACAGGUCUUAAUAUCUAUAUGUACAUAUUGCCUGGCUUAGCAAAAGUAUAAGCAAUCAACUACUUGACACACAUACUUUUCAAUUCCUAGCAUAAAACAGUACACUUCAAUCAUGAAAGUGUUAGCAAUAACACUGUGGGUUCUUUUGUUUUUUAUUUUGACAAACACCAAGUUUUUUGUUUGUGUAGGCAUUUGCAAAGAAACCUAGCAACGAGCGUUGGAGAGCUUGAAGAGAAAAGUAGAUGUUCCCUCGGAACUUCCCUCUUCUUGGGUUGUUGGAAAAGAUUGUUGCGAAUGGGAAGGGGUCGUGUGCAACAAUCUAACUCGUCAUGUGAUUGAGCUACACAAAAUUAGUGAUUGGGAAGAAUCGAGCUAUGUACGUAUCACUAGCCUUGAAUGGCUGCCAAGUAUUUUGAGUCUUGAGCACUUGGACAUGUAUUAUGUGGAUCUUAGCAAAGCAACUAACUGGCUACAGGUCAUUAACAUGCUUCCUUCUCGUGUUGAUCUUAGUUUAUCCCAUUGUACACUUAAUCAUAUACAACCUCUACUUCAUCACAAUUUUUCUUCACUUGAAACCCUCGAUCUUUCCUGGAACAACUUUAGUUCUCUUCUUCCCAAAUGGGUUUUCAACCUUGCCAGUCUCGUUUCUCUUGAUUUGAGUUAUAGUAAGUUUACCGGCCCGUUUCCUGACGGUCCAGUUAACUUGACUUCUCUCACAACAUUCAGCGCUUCUUAUAACUCUUUCAAUUGUCUUUUACCUAGAUGGUUGUUUGAUCUAAGUAAUCUUAAAGAUCUUUACCUCAGUUCUAGUGGUAUUGAAGGUACGAUACCAAGUAAGAGCUAAAACAUGACAAACUUAAAAAUCUCGGGCUUUCUGAUAAUAAGCUUUCUGGAAAGUUACCAAAUUUAAUUGGAAAGUUAAAGAAAUUAGAAUAUCUUGAGCUCUCAGAUAUCUGAUGGGGAAGUAUCUGAAUUAUUCAACGGUAGGAGUAAUUUCUUUAAAGCGGAAAUGGGAAAUAGUUCCUCUUUCAGGUAUUUGAGACUAGAAAACAAUAAACUCACCGUCACUCUUCCAAAAAGUCUUGACCAACUUUCAGUGCUAGAAGACUUUCACAUCUAUAACAAUGGGUUGGAAGGUGCUGUAACAGAAAGUCAUUUCUCUGAAUUAACACAACUAAAGGACUUCACUGCAUAUGGAAAUAAUGUAACUUUAAAAGUGAAUGAAAAUUGGAUUCCACCUUUUCAAGCCACGUACAUGGAAAUAGGCCGCUGGAAUAUAGGCCCUCUGUUUCCCAUGUGGCUCCGAACUCAGAAGAUGAUAACGCAAGUUGACAUAUCAGAUGGUGGAAUACAAGGUGAGGUUCCAACUUUGUUUUGGAACUUGUCUUCUCAAACUCAAUAUCUCAAUCUUUCUCACAACCAAUUUGUUGGUGAGGUUCCAAUCAUCUCAAUACCUUCUUGGUUAGUUGGAAAUGGAGAUGCUCCUUGGUUAAUGUACUUGGGUUCCAACAAAUUUAGUGGGCCGUUACCGUUAAUUUCAACCACUGUAGCUGAGCUAGAUCUUUCGAACAAUUCUUUUUCGAAAGGUUUAUCUAACUUUUUGUAUGAAGCAAAAAAUGGAUCUUAUAAAUUGGAAAUCUUAAAUCUCGGGCGAAACUAUUUAUCCGUAGAAAUUCCGGAUUGUUGGAUGAAUUGGCCAAAUUUGAGAGUUUUAAUCAUGAGGGACAAUAACUUGAUUGGAGGCAUACCAAGAUCCAUAAAGUUUUUGAUUGAUUUGCGAUCCUUUGACUUUCGAAAAAAUAGACUUAAUGGUCCAUUUCCUUCAUCCUUAGAAAACUGCACAAAACUGAAUAAAAUGGAUUUAGCUGAGAAUGUGUUUGUUGGACAAUUACCAUCUUGGUUGGGAAUGAGGUUUCCAACCUUGAUAGUCCUUAUCCUUCGGUCCAAUAAAUUCGAUGGUGAAUUGCCUCAAGAACUUUGUCACCUCAAAGAUCUUCAGAUCUUAGACCUCGGAAACAAUACAUUCGGUGCGAUCAUACUGAGAUGUAUUAGCAAUUUCAGUGCAAUUGUCAAAGGAAAAAUGGUAUUGGAUGAUGAUACGUAAUCGUAUGGUCAUUAUUAUCAGAGACGAUUGAGAGAGAGUGCAGUGGUGAUGACUAAAGGCAACAUGUACCAGUAUGACACCAUUUUGGCGUUGUUUGCAAGUAUAGGAUUCCAAAUGGCAUUGGCGACAUGAAAGCAUUGGAAUCUGUUGAUCUUUUAGAAAAUCAACUUUAUGGUCAAAUCCCACAAAGCUUUUUGAGUUUGUCCACUUUCAACUACUUGAAUCUACCUGAAAAGAGUUUAUCAGGUAUGAUACCAUUGAGCACUCAACUUCAAAGCUUUGAUCCCACGAGUUUUCAAGGAAACAAACUCUGUGGGCUUCCACUCUUAGCAAACUGCAAUUUAGGUGGUACAGUUCCUAAUGUUGAGUAUGAUGAAGAUGAGAGUGAUGAAGAUGAAGUGGAUUGCUUCUACAUUUCAAUGGCAAUAGGAUUUGCACUAAGCUUUUGGGGUGUAAGUGAUUCAUUGCUUUUCGAGAGAUCAUGGAGACAUGCUUAUUUUCGUUUCUUAGACCGUAGCUGGGAAUGGUGCUUGCAAAGGCUCCGAUAUGUUGAUAGAUAUGACUAAGGAUUUUACUAUUCUCAAAAAUUAAUUUGUAUGCUUACACUUCUCUUCAAUAAAUAAUUUAUAACUCUGUUAUUAAGUUGUUUCAUUUUGUGUUCAAAACUCACGAUGGAACAACUGUUAAGGAGCUUUGUAAUACAAAAUCAGUUUUUUUUAAUUUAAUAGAAUUAGCAAGAA